UUCAACCUGUGCUUCUGUAGCACUAUGACUAACUGUAAAGGCAGAUCUACCAUCUCCAAAACGAAUAGCAAAGUUCAUGACAGAGAAGGUUUUGUAAACUGGACCAUAAAUCUUAAUACAAUUCAGUCUGAUAAAUUUUUGAGACUGCUUUUGAGUAUGGUUCCUGUUGUUUACCAAAUAAACCAGGAUGAAAGACACAAAAAAGUCAAUGGUGUCUGGCAAGAUGGAUUACAACAGGCAGGACACAAUUUUAAUGUUAGGUCUGAACAACACACAGAGUACCAUCACUUCUCAGAACCAAGUUUUCAUGGUAGUAAUGGACACGGCCCAUCUAGCUGUAGCCCUAAAUAUGGUGAUUUUACCAGUUAUAAUUACUGUGAUGGAAUGGACGCUUCAGAAACAGAUGCCAUGUUGCAGGAAGACAACCUAUCUAGUGACAGUAAUGAAGAUAUCAUUGUGGAAGGGAGUAGAAAACAACCCAAAGAAUCUAGUAGUAUUAUGGCAUUACAGAUACUUGUACCUUUUUUGCUAGCAGGAUUUGGAACGGUUUCUGCUGGCAUGGUUUUGGAUAUUGUACAGCACUGGGAUGUGUUCAAGAAUGUUACUGAAGUUUUUAUAUUGGUUCCUGCACUUCUUGGUCUCAAAGGGAAUUUGGAAAUGACCUUGGCAUCCCGGCUGUCAACUGCUGUAAAUAUUGGAAAAAUGGAUUCUCCCAUUGAGAAAUGGAACCUAAUAAUUGGCAAUUUGGCCUUAAAACAGGUUCAGGCAACAGUAGUUGGUUUUCUGGCAGCAGUGGCGGCAGUUAUAUUGGGCUGGAUUCCAGAGGGCAAAUACCGCUUUGAUCAUUCAAUCCUUCUGUGUUCUAGCAGUGUAGCAACUGCCUUCAUAGCUUCUCUCUUACAAGGUAUAAUAAUGGUUGGAGUUAUUGUUGGAUCAAAGAAGACUGGUAUUAAUCCUGACAAUGUUGCCACUCCUAUAGCAGCAAGUUUUGGAGAUCUUAUCACUCUUGCUAUACUUGCAUGGAUAAGUCAGGGUCUUUAUACUUGCCUUGAGACAUAUUACUAUGUAUCUCCUUUGGUUGGUGCCUUUUUUUUGGCUCUGACUCCGAUGGGGAUUGUCAUAGCUGCCAAACACCCAGCUACCAGAACUGUUCUCCAUUCAGGAUGGGAGCCUGUUAUAACUGCCAUGGUUAUAAGCAGUAUUGGUGGCCUUAUUCUGGACACAACUGUAUCUGAUCCUAACUUGGUUGGAAUUGUUGUUUAUACCCCAGUAAUUAAUGGUAUUGGUGGUAAUCUAGUAGCUAUUCAAGCUAGCAGAAUUUCUACCUACCUCCAUUUGCAUAGCAUUCCUGGAGAGCUGCCAGAAGAAGCCAAGGGUUGCUAUUAUCCAUGCAGAACCUAUUAUGGUACAGGAGUAAAUAACAAAUCAGCCCAAGUUCUGCUUCUUUUGGUGAUUCCUGGACACCUGAUUUUCUUGUACACUAUCCACUUAAUGAAAAGCGGCCACACUUCCUUAACUCCUAUCUUUAUAGCAGUAUAUUUGUUUGCUGCUCUGCUACAGGUGUUUACUCUGUUAUGGAUUGCUGACUGGAUGGUACACCACUUUUGGAAAAAAGGAAAAGAUCCUGACAGUUUUUCUAUCCCUUAUCUUACUGCACUGGGAGAUCUGCUUGGAACUGCCUUAUUAGCUAUAGGUUUUCAUUUUCUGUGGCUCAUAGGUGACAGAGAUGGCGAUGUCGGAGACUAAUUAUUCCAAUGGAUGCAAUGACUUUUCCUGGAGUAUUGACGAGACCAAUCACUCCACUUGAAGGUCCUCAAAGUGAUUGUUCCAUUCGGUAUAAGUAAAUCAAGUUGACACAGCUAUAAAACAGCCUUAAUGAUUGUAGUUUGGUUUAUUUUUUAAGAAAUAGGAUGGAAGUAUGAGGAUACUUGAGACCUUUACUCUGAAAACAGGUGGAUUGCUGCUAGUUGAAAACAUCUGAGUAGACACAAUGAAGGGCAGAUCAAUCUUUUAUUAAGAUCUAGUCU